AAAAAAAAAAAAAGGAAAAGGCCUGUACCCGGAUUUGAGACCCAAAAAUUGAGCCAAAAUUGAUAAAAUGAGCGGAAUCCGAAACUGCCCAUUUGUAAAACUCUGCUUGCAUGCUUAACACUUAGCUUAAAAUCCCUAAACUCUGCUUUGCUGUGCUGAGUUGUUACUUGUUAGGCAUUCUUUCUUUGGUCACUAACACUGACUCAUCAGUCAUCACUAAGUUUCUUCACCAAGCUAAGCCCUUUUUUUUAAAUGCUCUGAAGUUUCAGUCUUUUUUUGUUUUUGUGUUUUGUGUGUGGCUCUGUGUCUGAGCUGAAAAUGACUUCCUUUGACAGAGACCUUGAGGAGAAGCUUAAGGAGGCUGGGAGUACCCUCCUUAACCCUCCUUCCUCUAUUGAUGACCUUCUCACUCUUCUUGAUAAAGUUGAAAAUCUGUUAGCAAAUGUGGAGCAAGCACCAUCCAAAUCAAUGCAAGAUGCACUUUUACCUUCAUUGAAGGCACUGAUCAGUAAUGAACUUUUGAGACAUGCUGAAAUGGAUGUGAAGGUUUCAGUUGCAUCUUGCAUUACUGAGAUUACGAGGAUAACAGCACCAGAUGCGCCAUAUGAUGAUGAGCAAAUGAAGGAAAUAUUUCAGCUGACUGUAGCAGCAUUUGAAAAAUUGUCUCAUGUGUCCAGUCGCUGUUAUACAAAGGCAGUUUCAAUUCUUGAUACUGUUGCAAAGGUCAGGUCAUGCUUGGUGAUGCUGGACCUUGAGUGUGAUGCAUUGGUUGUUGAGAUGUUUCAAAAUUUCUUAAAAAUAAUUAGGUCCAAUCAUCCACAUGCUGUAUUUUCAGCCAUGGAAACAAUUAUGACUCUGGUCAUAGAUGAGAGUGAAGAAAUUUCGUCGGAUCUUCUCAGUCCACUUUUAGCUAGUGUAAGAAAGGAAAAUCAGAAUGUUUCACCUAUUUCGUGGAAAUUGGGGGAGAAAGUAAUCACUAAUUGUGCUGUUAAGCUUAAGCCUUAUCUCAAGGAAGCAGUGGGGUCUAUGGGUAUUGCUUUGGAUGACUAUGCUCAAAUAGUCACUUCUGUAUGCCAAAGUGAAUCUGCAGAGCAUUUGGCUGAUGAGAACAGGUUAGGAAAAAGGAUAGUUUCAAGUGAGCUACCAAGGACAGAUCCAAAUGAGGCGUCCCUGGUUACCAAGGGUCUUACUUCAGAUACUUUCAAGUCAGCGGUGAUUAAUGGCACUCCAACUAGGAAUGAUGAAAAUUUGAAAAAUGUAAAAUCUUCAAAAAGAUUACAGAGUUGCCGUCUUACUAAACAUUCCAAAACUGUUGGUGCAAGCAGCAAUUCUGAACCUGACAACUUAUACUCUAUGAAGGCAGCCAAAUCAGCAACUGAGUCAGACUCUGUUCCAAAGAAAAGGGGUAGGAAACCUAAUUCUUUAAUGAAAUCUGAGGAAGGCUAUGAUCAUUCUUGGAUUUGUACAGGAAGAAAGACUUCGAAGCUAGGUCGUCCAAGAAAGUCUCAUGAUGGGGGAGUUGAUGAUUCACCUUCUGAAACACCGGAUACUAAGGCCCCUUCACCAUUGGUGCUUGAAAACGUGACUGAGCCUUCAAGUUUGCAACCUAAAACUAACAAGAUCAUAACUACUGCUUCUCUGUCCCCAGAUCAUUGCCUUCCUGAUGCAAGCCAUCCUAAAAGGGGACGGCCAAAGAAAGUAGGGAACAACAAGAAUCAAGAUGCCAAUCAUCAUUCCCUAUCAAUGUCAAAGGGAGGGUUCUUGAAUGCUCAGGUUGAGGAGAAAGCCCUACAAUCUGCAGAUGUUAGUUUGAAAAAGGAAUCUGAAGUUACAAAUAACUCUGAUGCAAAACCACAGCGGCACUCUAGAAAAGUUCAAAUUGCUAUAAAGAUCAAUGAGGAGACAACUCAAACUCCCAGCCAUGUAGUCUCAGAGAAGGAAGCUUCUGACCCUUCUGGUCCUGAGGAGAAACUGUUGCAGCCAUCAGAUAUGAAUGUAGGGGUAACGAAUAUCAAUAACAGGUCGUCAAUCCAAACAAAUAGCAAGAAAAGGAAGAGGAAAUAUGCUAGUUCUGAAAUGGAUAUUACUGAAGCUUCGAAUUGUAAGACAAUUUCUAAGUCUGCAACUAAAUCAGCCAAUGGAGAUGAAAGUUACUUGGAAGAAAGCCCUAAAACAAAACUCAGGAGGAAGAGUGCUGCAAAGGGGGAGGAUUCUGGGAAGCCUGAUUUUGAUGAACGUUUGGUUGGUUGCAAAAUAAAAGUUUGGUGGCCAAAGGACAAGACGUUUUAUGAAGGUGUUGUUCAUUCUUAUGACUCUGUUAAAAAGAAGCACCAGGUGUUAUACACUGAUGGUGAUGAAGAAAUAUUAAACCUCAAAAAGGAACGCUGGGAACCGAUUGUAGAUGAUGUUUUGCCAGAAGGAGGUCAGGAGACUGAUCUUCCAAAAGCUGAUGCUUCAUCUGAUAUCAGGCCAAAUAAGAGGAGAGGGAAGACCAAGUCAGAGUUAGCAAAACAAGAGAAGCCCAAUUCUUCUUCAAAAAUGAGUGGAACUUCAGCCAACAUGUCUAAAGUCGAUUCUGCAAAAAGUGGUGGUAAUUCUGCAGAUGAUCAAGAGCUUGACAAUCCUAUUAUUGUUUAUGAAUGUGUCAAUAACCCAUCUAGGACAGUUGAGGGAUCAAAAGAUGUUGGCCACCAAAAAUCUACUAGCAAGUCAAGUAUUGAGAGACUAAAGAGUGGUAAUAGCAUGAAGCCCAAGGGAUUCCUUUAACUUACAGGUCAAGUAUGAAAAAAGGGUGCAAAGAAAUGGAGGUCCUUCUAUUUACCUGAGUUAGACAAGGUUGUGUAUAGAGAUGAGUAGUGACACAGGCUCACAGGCUUAUAAUUUUGGCUUUAGUACAGGGGAAGUGUCAGUUAUAUUAUCUUUCUUUUGUUUCUCAUGUAGUUUCAGAAGAUGGUUUUUGUCUUCAAGGAUUGGGCUAAAUAUAAUAUCAUAUUUUGAACUCUCUA